CCUACCACCACUUUUCAAAAGUCGACUUCAUUUCCCAGCUUCGAAAGUGGUGGCAUAUUGCCUGUCUCAGGCUCAGGUACUUGUUAUUGGUCAUCGAGUCAGGAUUACCCAAUGUCGUCCACUACAAGCACCAAGUCUAAGAAGUACAUUUGCUCCCAUGAAGGAUGUGGGAAGGGGUUUACGAGAUCGGAUCACCUUCAGCGCCACGUCCUGAACCAUGGUGAAGGCGACAGCACAUGCACGAGAUGUAGCCUGCACUUCAAGAGACCUGACUUGUUAGACAGACACAUGGCCCGCCAUCGGCAGAAAGAUGAAGAGGCCGGAGGUGAAGGUCUUGGAGUCAUCGAGAGCAGGAAGAAGCUCUGGAAAGACGCCAAUGGCAACAUUGUGAACAAGCGACCGGCUGAAGGUGAAGCGUGUCGAGCUUCGGCGAAGAAGCAGGCCACGGAACCAAAUCAUCCCAACCAAACAAGCUCAACGGUCCUCGUGGAGGGCUACAACCCCCAGGCGGGACUCCAUGCUGAGCCACUUUCACCACCAAAGUCGAUGCUGAGCGCCGAGUCCUUCGAGCUGUUCUCACAUCAGUUGCCAGAACUGCCAGAUGACCAAGAUUUCAUCGAACCCACGUCGGGACCUGAUAUGUUCGACUUCCUAGCCAAUUCGUCAUGGGGUUCCAGCUCGUCCAAUUCUUUUGGCAUGCAACCCGAGAUAUCGUUUGAUGACAUGUUCAACCCCGAUACUGCAAGCUCUUUCAAUAUGCCAUUCACGACGAUGAACAAUUACAAUUGGUUGUUCGACCUCGGCGACACCACGCGAAUGUCUAUGUCGAAUCCGCAGAACGUCAGCAUGAUGUCCGAAACACACGACUCGACGCGAGAUCAUCAGAUGGAUAACAUGCAGUAUCAGUCAACAGCGCAACCCACAGCCGACAAAUUCGGACUGGACAAUAGAACUACGUCUGCAGACACCAUUUUCAGGCAACCAGCAGUCCCGCAACAUUCGUCUUCAGAUGCUUUCCAAGCGCCAGAUGUCUACCAUUUCAACUCAAUGUCUGCCCCCAAUGCCGGUAUCGCGAGCACGGGAUCUCCGUCGCCCGUCGAAUCCAACAGAUCUGGCAAUCCUACGUCGGAAGUCGACUUUUCUCCGCCUACCACCACAUCCCCAGACUCAAUGCACACCCAAGCCGCAAAUCCAGCCAACCCACACUCUUCGCUAUUCAACAUGCAAACACUCCCUCCAGCUCAACCUCGCCGAUCGAUGCCUACUAUGGAUGAAGUAUCCCGCAACCAGAUACUGGAUCUCUUGGUGGCCGCUCGACCCAAGACACCCGAGGGGACCGAAAUCUCUCGCGACCACCCACUUUUGUCCAUCUCAUCCAUGCAAAACUACCUGGAUCUUUUCUUCUCUCGCUUCAAUGUCGCAUACCCUCUUCUGCACCAAGCUACGUUUGAUCCUUCCCAAACAGAGCCCUUGCUCUUACUAGCUGUUCUCCUUCUCGGUGCCACAUACAGUGAGAAGGCUAUCCACCGACUAGCCGUAUGCAUACACGACGUUCUGAGAGCGCAGAUCUUUCAGCACACCGCUUUCUCCUCGACUCCGGAGCUGUGGAUGCUUCAGACCAUUCUGCUGGUCGAAUGCUUUGGGAAGUCGAGAGCAGGCCAGAAGCAGCAUGACAUGGCCCACCUCUUCCAUGGCUUGUUGAUCAAUCUGAUCCGACGAAGCGACUGCCAAACCGUAAGACAACCGAACCUUGGUGAAGGUUCCGGCGACCUGGAGUCGGACUGGCGAAAAGCAAUCGACAUCGAGCUUCGAAAGAGACUCGCAUUCCUUUGCUUCCUCUGGGACACGCAACACGCCGUCCUCUUCUCCCAGUCACUGUGCAUGUCGUCAUUCGAACUCCGCACCACCCUUCCAUGCAACCAGAGUACAUGGGAAGCCAGUUCCGCCGAGGAAUGGUGGAAAUACGCCAGAAAGGAGCCGCAAAUCUCCUACCUCUCCGUCUUGAAAGCAUACAUGAACCCCGAGUCAAGUGCUCCGAUCCCUCAGCUCAACGCUCUUUCUCGCCUGCUCGUCCUUCACGGCCUCAUGUCCAUCCAGUGGGACAUGAAACGCAGGGACCAGACGUCUCUAGGCAUUGGAAGCGUCAAUGGCUCUUCGCCCGACCAGCCACGCUGGCAAGACCGACUCUCUCAGUCAUACGAUGCCUGGAAAGCCGACUUUGACACCUACUGCAUGAACAUGACGCUGUCCCUCAACGACAACCCCAGCCGAAAAGCCGAAUUCACCCGCUUCAGCACGGCCACCAUCGCCAUCUACCACGCCGCACACAUCACGCUCAACGUCGAAAUCCUCGACCUGCAAAUCUACGCCGGCGCCCGACAUAUCAUCGGCCGCCCCGUGACGCGGGCCGACUACGACCGCUCACGACGGAUGCUGAAAGACUGGGCAAAGCCAGGCGGCGCCACGCCAGCCGCCAAAGCUGCCUGGCACGCGGCGCAUCUCCUGCGCGACGGCAUAAUGAACCUCGACAAUUGGGACGUCAACAACGCCUUCCAUUACCCCUGGUGCUUGUACCUCUCCACGCUGACGUGCUGGGCGUUCCAUUUCGCCAACGUCAUCGACAAGAACGGGACGACGAACAACAACAACAACAGCAACAACGAUCGGAACACGCCCUCAAAGAAUUCCCAUCUUGACAAUGGCGGCGUCGAUAACGGCAUGGUCUGGCACGCAAAGUCGGAGAUGAACGCUCUGGUCAGCAGCAUGGCCAGCGUCAUGCCUGAGAACCUGUGGCGCGGACUUGGAAAGUACUCGACUUCCGGACUGACUGCCGUAAUGGCCAAGCACUUGAGCAACAUCCGAUGGGCGGUGGUGCAUGAAGGCAUGAAAGUGCUCAGAGGCCUCGUGCCGGAGCGGUGUAUAAACGAGUAUGAGACGUUCUUGAAGUAGACGACUUAGCCAAUAUGAAAUUCAAUAACGACGCAAUACUAGUACUAG